AUGAGAAAGGAAAUCGGUGGUAUACAUAUAAUGGGUACCGCGAACAAGAAGAGAAAUGUUGCGAUGCUAGGAAAUGUAAAUGAAAACGUUGAAUUCAAAGUUGGAGUUAACCAAGAUAUUGAAAUGCUUCCUAUUGAAGAUAUUCUUUCGAUCAAAAUAUCAACUGAAGUUAACAAAGCACUCGAGCAAGAACAAAGAUUAGUUACUAAACAAGCUCCGCAAGACGAACUAACAUGUGGUAAAAGAUUUAAAAAUGCCCUAUGUUGCAGAAGAUCAGUAGCACAAGCACCUGAACGCCAACUUACUAAAAUAGAAAAGCGAAAUGCAACAAGAACCAUUACUGUUACUAUCGAGCGUAUUCAUUAUAGUCUAAUUGAUACACCAAGUCAUUUGCGUGCUGUUUCAGAAAAACGUCAGGAACAAUUUUAUGAUGAAAAUUUGCGAAAAAGAACAAUCAAGUUUCAUUAUCUAAAAAAUGAAAUAUUCGAUGAGAAUGAAUACACAACUCAUUUACAAGAAAGUGAAGCUCUUGCACGUCUUGUAAUGCAAUUAAAAGCCAUGAACAAACACUAUCCUAAUGAAGAUCAACUUAAAAAGAUUAUUCAACAAAAUCGUAUUCAUCAUUUUGGUCAAAUAGUGAAUAGAGAUAUUCAAACCUUGGAAGGUACUCCUGAUGUAACCGCACUUACACUAUAUGAAAAUAAUUAA